AUGGCGGCGGGCGCGGGAAGCGGCGGGGGCGGCGGUGGCACGGCGGGGGCCUCCUCCGCGGCCUUCCUCUGGAGCGAAGUGAGCCGCUGCGGCCAGAACGGCGACUUCGGCCGCGCCCUCAAGUCGGUCAACAAGAUAUUGCAAGUCAACAAGGAUGACGUGACUGCUCUACACUGCAAAGUGGUGUGUCUUAUUCAAAAUGGAAGUUUCAAGGAAGCCCUCAGCGUGAUUCACACCCACACCAAAGUACUGACCAGUGACCUGAUAGCCUUUGAGAAGGCUUAUUGUGAAUACAGGCUGAACAGGAUUGACAACGCGCUGAAGACCAUCCAAGGAGCCAGCCAGCAGACGGACAAACUCAAGGAGCUUUACGGACAAGUGCUGUACAGAUUAGAGCGUUAUGAUGACUGCUUAGCCGUGUAUCGAGACCUCAUUCGCAAUUCCCAAGAUGAUUAUGAAGAGGAGCGGAAAACAAACCUUUCGGCAGUGGUUGCUGCGCAAAGCGCCUGGGAGAAAGUAGAGCCAGAAGAUCUGGGCCUCCAAGAAGCGACCUAUGAGCUGUGCUAUAACGCGGCGUGUGCAUUGAUUGGCCAAGGCAGGCUGAAUGAUGCAAUGAAAAGCCUUCAGAAAGCAGAAGAUCUGUGCCGUCAGUCCCUUGCAGAAGACUCGGAUGUGACCGAAGAAGAUAUUGAGGCUGAGCUGGCUAUUAUUCACGGCCAGAUGGCUUUUAUUUUGCAACUUCAGGGUCACACAGAGGAAGCACUGCAGCUCUACAAUCAGAUAAUCAAACUGAAGCCAACGGAUGUGGGAUUGCUGGCCGUCAUUGCCAAUAACAUCGUCACUCUCAACAAGGACCAAAAUGUCUUUGACUCAAAGAAAAAGGUGAAGCUGACCAACGCAGAAGGCGUUGAGCAUAAACUCUCCAAGAAGCAGCUCCAAGCAAUAGAAUUCAACAAAGCUUUGCUGGCCAUGUACACCAAUCAGGCAGAUCAGUGUCGCAAAUUGUCUUCAAGUUUACAGUCCCAGAGUCCCGAGCACUUCCUUCCAGUCUUAAUCCAGGCAGCUCAGCUGUGUCGAGAGAAGCAGCACGCCAAGGCGAUAGACCUUCUGCAGGAGUUUGCAGACCAGCACCCUGAAAAGGCAGCUGAGAUUAAGCUGACCAUGGCGCAGCUGAAACUGGCUCAAGGCAACAUUACCAAAGCCUGUGUCAUCAUGAGGAGCAUAGAAGAACUGAGGCAAAAGCCAGGCAUGGUUUCGGCCUUAGUAACGAUGUACAGCCACGAAGAAGACAUCGAUAGCGCCAUUGAGGUCCUGACGCAAACCAUUGAGUGGUAUCAAGAAUUCCAGCCAAAGUCUUCAGUUCAUUUGUUGCUCAUCAGGGAAGCAGCUAACUUUAAACUGAAGCAUGGCCGCAAGAAGGAAGCCAUCAGCGACCUAGAGGAGCUGUGGAAGCAAAACCCAGAUGACAUCCACACCUUGGCCCAGCUCAUCUCAGCAUACUCCUUGGUCGACCCCGAAAAAGCUAAAGUCCUUAGCAGGCACUUGCCUUCCUCCGACACAAUGUCUUUGAAAGUAGAUGUGGAUGCACUUGAAAACUCACACGGGGCUACGUACGUUCGGAAGAAGGGAGGGAAACAGACAAACGAGAGUCAGCAGGAAGAGCAAGGCCAAGGGGACAUAAAGAAGAAGAAAAAGAAGAAGAAAGGAAAACUGCCAAAGAACUACGAUCCUAAAGUGGCUCCAGACCCCGAGCGCUGGCUUCCCAUGCGGGAACGCUCCUACUAUCGGGGGAGGAAGAAGGGGAAGAAGAAGGACCAGAUUGGGAAAGGGACGCAAGGAGCCAUGUCUGCAGCGUCCUCCGAACUGGAUGCUAGCAAGACGGCAAGCAGCCCCCCUACAUCCCCGCGGCCUGGCACCGUCACAGCGGCCCCCUCUGCAUCUACAAGCAACAUGGUGCCCCCAAGGCACCAGAAGCCUGUUGGCGCAGCAGGAGCAAAAAAGAAACAGCAGCAGAGGAAGAAGAAAGGCGGGAAAGGAGGCUGGUGAUCGUGGGAAGCCGUCGGUUUCAUUUUCACGCACACGCGCAUACACACACACACACACACCCCCAGUUGUGAAUACCAGGAGCAGAAUAAAGGUCAGACAAAAACAGGGA